AUGAGUAGUGAAAUAACAAAGGAAAGAUUUCUUCAUAAAAUCAAUAAAGAGACUGAUGUUGCAAAAAUUGUUGUUGAAAUAGGAGGACUUUUAUUAGGACUUGAGAAACAACAGAAUGGAAAUGGAGUCCAAAUAAUAUCAGAUAUUAUUAGUUUUUAUCAAACAAAUGGAACAACAAUGUUAACUGAACUUAUUAACAAUUCACUUAAAAAGUUAGAAAAUGAAAGUUAUGAAGAUAGUUUAGAAGAAUUAAAAUCUAAGUUAUAUUCAAAGUUUUCAGGAGAGUUUCCAUUUAAUAAGUCUAUUGAACAUAAUAUCAAAUUAAGAAAGGCAUUUGAUAAACUUUAUAAAAACCUUAUUUCACAAGAAAUACAAAAUACGAGUGUUGGACUAAAUCAAAAAGAAUACCAGACAUUAAAAGAAAAAUAUAAUAAUGCUAUUAAACAAAUAAAUCAAUAUAAAUUUGAUAUCAUUGAAAUUAAAAAUAUUAUUGAUGGUAAAGAUAAGUCUACUACUUCUUUCAAUCAAAUUAAUAAUAGUCCUGAAAUGUUUUAUGAUUUAAAAGAGGAUAUUCAAAAAAUUAAAGAGUUUUGUAGUCAAGCUACUACAUUAGAAAAACAAGAGUCAUUUGAAACACCAUCAAUUUCUACUCCACCACUAAACAUUCCUCAAGACAGAAGAAGUUAUAUUCCUGAUGAUGAAGAUGACGAUGAAUUAAAAGAACUUGAAGGGUAUGAUCCAAACAUCACAGUUGAUGAGGCUAAGAGAAGAAAUGUAAUUAAAGAUAUUAAAGAAAUUAAAGCAACUUUAGAAGCUAGUUUAGCCUCAAACCAAAUGAUUCAAAAUAAAAUUGCACAAGAACAAAAAGAGAUUAGAAAACUUAAGGGGGUAGGGGAAGAUAAAAAAACUUCUGAAGAUGAAGAAUUAGAAAAAGAUAUUUCUCAAAUGGAGAAAGAAUUAGAAGAUAAUAAACAAUAUACUCAGAAAGAAAUUGACAACCAAACACUUAUCAAAACUCCUAUGGAUAGUGUAGAAAAAUGGGACAUUAGCAAACUUCAUGAAUAUCAAAAUUCACUUGUUCAAGAAUAUUCUAGAUCUCUUAUCCGACAUAAUUUCUUAUAUGGUAAAGAAAGGUUAAUGACAUCUAUAAUUGAAGGUAAAAGUAACAGUGAUGAAUGGAAGAAAAGUAUUGGGUUGGUUAUUAAGAACGCUGAUUAUCAUUAUCUAGUAAAUGAAAUGAAUGAAAUUAAAAAAAGUAUAGAAGGUGGUAUCACUGAAAAAAGAGAAAGUAUUAAAAUGCAAGAACGUGCAAAUGAAAGAAAAAAAGCGAUUUCAAGUGGAAGAAGAAGUGUUAGUACUAUUCAAGAAGACGCAUGUGAUGAUAUUAAGAAGCAAGUUGAAGAGAAAAGAAAUAAAAUUGAAGAUAUGUUAAAUAAAUAUGAUGAGAAAUUAAGUUCAAUAAAGAAAAGAGAAAAAGAAUUAGUGGAUAAUGCUGUUGAUGAGAGUGAAGUUAAUAAUGUUAGUCAACUCCAAAAUAAAAAGAAAGAAAGACUCACAUUAUGUAGACAAGAACAAAAGAAGAGUAUUCAAGAUAUGAAACUUGGAGAAUUAAGAUGUGAAUAUGAAAGACUUGAGACAAUGGAAAAUGAGAUUCGUAGAAAAGAAAAAGUUAUGGAAGAAUAUGAAAAAGAAUUAGCUAAUGCUGAGCAACAGAGAAACAACCAUCAGAAAGAACUUUUUAGGAAUAGUAUUGAAAACAGAAUUGAUGAAGAGGAAAAUAAAAUUCAAAAUGAAAGAAAAAAAUUAGAAGAGAGAAUCCAAAAAGGUGAAGAAGAUACAGAACAAUAUGAAAGAGAUAUUACAUUGUUAACUAUUCAAUGUGACAAUGAAAAAAAAAGAAAAAAUGAACUUUUGGAAGAGACUAUUGACUUAUGGAAAAAACUAAGAGAACGAGCAGGAAUCAUUAGAGAUGAACAAGACAAACAAACACAAAAAGAUUAUGAAGAAAGUGUGAAAAGAGUCGAAGAAUUGAAAAAGAGUAUUGGAAGGGAAUUAACUUUAAAGGAACAAUGGUAUAAAGUUAAAUAUGAUUAUAUAAAUAUUCCUGUGAGUAUAUCAAGAAUUAUGGGAUAUAAAGAACGAUGGGAAAAUGAAUAUAAUAAUAAAUUAGAUGGUACAGGUUUAUUUGUAAAUGUAGAGAAUGUAGAAAAAUAUAAUGAAUCUGUUAAUGAAGAGAAAUUUUAUGAAUCUAUUAAGGAUGGAACUAUUGACACAUUAAUGAAAAAGAUAGUUGAAGUUCCUGAUACAGAGAUAAGUGAAGAAGAAUAUAUUACAUCAGAAGAUGAAGAUUUAGAAAUUGAAGAAGGAAAAUUAGAAAAUGAAAACGUUGAUUUAACAACAAAACAAAUGAAACACUUUGAACCAUUUGAUGAAGACGAUGUUCAACCUUAUGAAAAGAAACCAUUUUCACCGAUUAGUAUUACUCCUACUCUUUCACAACAAGCAAGUACUAUUGGAGAAGACGUAGAAAGUACAAACCAAUGGUUCCAAGCUGAUCCAAAUGAUGCAUUUGCAAAGAAUAAAGAAGAAUUUGUUCAGCAAAUGGUUUCUGUUAGAGACCAAUUGGAUGGACUAAUUAUUGAGUGUAUUGGAUUGAUGGGAAUGUAUGCUGUUGAUGAUAUGACUGAAGAUCCAGAGCAAGCUAAUAACAGCCAUUAA